UCCCCUCGCUCGUCCCGCGUGGCUCCUCUCUCUCUCUCUCUCUCUUCCCGACAUCUGAUUUCUGUGACUCGCUCGCUGUGCGUCUUUCGUCUCUCCAUUGUUGUUUAGGCUUUUUGUGAGAGUUGUGGUUGGGUGUAAGGUCUUCGAAUUUACAUUUUUGAAUCUCUGAAAUCUUGGGAUGGCUCAAGCUGUCGAGGAAUGGUAUAAGCAAAUGCCCAUCAUAACUCGUUCGUAUCUCACAGCUGCUAUCGUCACAACCAUUGGAUGCUCACUAGAGAUAAUUUCCCCAUAUAAUUUGUAUUUGAACCCAAAACUCGUCGUUAAGCAGUAUGAGUUCUGGCGCCUGAUUACAAAUUUCUUUUACUUCCGGAAAAUGGAUUUGGACUUCCUGUUCCACAUGUUCUUCCUUGCUCGAUACUGCAAGCUUCUUGAAGAGAAUUCCUUCAGGGGAAGAACCGCAGAUUUCUUUUACAUGCUGUUAUUUGGGGCAACUGUUUUAACCACAAUAGUUCUUGUUGGUGGGAUGAUACCUUAUGUCUCAGAAUCUUUUGCAAGAAUUAUCUUCCUUAGCAAUUCAUUGACUUUUAUGAUGGUGUAUGUAUGGAGCAAGCAGAACCCAUUCAUCCAUAUGAGUUUCUUGGGCCUCUUUACUUUCACAGCAGCUUACCUACCAUGGGUUCUUCUGGGAUUUUCUGUCCUUGUUGGUACUAGUGCUUGGGUGGAUUUGCUGGGAAUGAUAGCCGGUCACGCUUAUUAUUUCCUUGAAGACGUCUACCCACGGAUGACAGGUCGUCGCCCUCUAAGGACACCUGCAUUUAUCAAAUCACUGUUUGCUGAUGAUGCUGUUGUGGUGACCCGGCCAGCAAAUGUUAGGUUUGCCGCUCCUCCAGCUCAGGACAUUCACCAAGAUUAGAAUAGUCUUAGGGAUGAUACCUAUGGGGAAGUGGACAUUGCUGAUAUCAAUCUUCCCCUACAAAUGGUUGGAGGGCUACACAUGAGCUAAGCAUUGACCUUUUAUAAUUUGAUUGAUAGAUGCAAUCUGAUCAAGUGUGAGGGCAUGGUGAUGAUGUAGAUUUGAUGGUUGAUGUCUUACUAGAAUUGACAAUGUUGGGGAUUAGGGAAUUAGGCAUAGAACAUGGCUUUUCCUAAGUCAGCAUAUGUUAUAUAUUCACUGAUUGAGUUUGUAAACUGGAUGUUUUGCCAAAUAUGCUUCCAUUGUGUAUACCAAAGCUUGAGGACAAUGUUCCAUUUGCAUUUCACUUGUAAUCUCAAAAAUUUUGUUGCAACAAAUUGUUUGUCCAGUCAAUUGUGUUUUUAGUCAUGAAUGAACAACUUGGUGCA